AAUUCACGAGGGACUGACUGGGUCAUGGUUCAGUAUUUGGAUUUUAUUGUAAAUGUGAUGGGAGGACAUCCAAUCAUGCUAUCCAGCGGGCUUAGUCUGCCUUUCUCUUUCUUGGUUAUCUGACUAAAUCCCAUUUGUCUUGCAAAAUCCAGCGUCACGCGUGGCAAAUAUUCCUUAACUCCCAGAUGAGGCCAAUGGCCAACUCCUGUGUGCUGCUUUAGAACAAUAGAUUACCGACCUCCUCUCACACUUCUGGGGCCCUCGUCUUCAGAUUUUUUUCAUAUGAAUGUGUUCAUUUCCCCCAUCUUUGUAGUCCCAGUAACACAGCGGUGGUUGCUAACCAAAGGUACGCUAAAGGACACGCCCGUUCAGUAGUGCCGGGCGCGGUUGCCCGGGGAGGUGGCUGCAGCGUUCUCCCAGCUCCCCGUCACCAGAGCGAGACCCAGGGCUUUCAGGACACUCCCUCCGCCAAGGACGCGUCUCGGGAGACCCAAACUCACCAAUGUCAGUUUCUGAUGAAGAACAAUCAGUAGUAUAUGUUCCAGGGAUUUCUACAGAAGGAAAUAUCCGAUCAAGACACAAGUCAAUGAGUCCAAAAGCUAAUGUUAAACUUAAGACUUCCAAGGUGACUGCUGCUUCAAUCUCCAUGGAGUCUUUAAAGGGUGCAGGAGAUUCCGUAAAUGAACAGAAUUUCUGCAAGGGAGGAAUAAAGAGUGCAUCAUUAAAGGAUUUAUGUCUUGAAGACAAAAGACGCAUUGCAAAUUUAAUUAAAGAACUGGCCAGAGUAAGCGAGGAAAAGGAAGUGACCGAAGAACGACUCAAAGCUGAGCAAGAAUCAUUUGAGAAGAAGAUCAGGCAGUUGGAAGAACAGAAUGAACUGAUCAUCAAAGAGAGAGAAGCUCUUCAGCUGCAGUAUAGAGAAUGCCAAGAUCUUCUAAGCCUCUAUCAAAAAUAUCUAUCAGAACAGCAAGAGAAGCUCACCGUGUCUCUCUCAGUGCUUGAUGCUGCCAGAACGCAGGAACAACAGGUACUCAAUAGGAAGAGCACUCUCCCGUCUUCAUCUGUGGAACUGGAUGGUUCCUACUUGAGUGUAGCCAAACCACAAACCUACUAUCAAACCAAGCAAAGGCCUAAAAACCUGGACUCAGCUUCGGAACCCCUUGUGGAGUUCAGAAAUAAUUCUUUGAAACCAUCAGCCCUUCAUUAUCCCAAAGAGGAUCCUGACAUGAUGCCAUCAGAAAAUAGAACACGUGAUUAUGGAUCCCCAGGGAAAAAACUAGCAGAUGUAGUCCCUACAGAGAAAGUUCCUUCAGAGGCAUUGAAGAUGAAGGAAUGCCAGCACCUUCAGCCCACUCCAUCUAGACUGUGUUGUGCUCAUAGACUUCCUGAAAAUGCAGAUCAUGUUCCCGUUAGCCAUCCUACAGACACGGCCCCUCAAUAUUCCAAGACACACCCAGAAUCAUGCCAUUAUUGUGGGCGUUCCUGGGCAUCUCUGAUGCAUGGCCAAGAGGUACUGCAGCCCAGUGAAAUUGAUUUCAAAAAGCAGCUAUCAGAAGAUAGAAGGCAGCAACUUAUGCUUCAAAAAAUGGAGCUGGAAAUUGAAAAGGAGCGCCUUCAGCAUCUGCUGGCCAAGCAGGAGACAAAGCUUCUCCUAAAACAGCAGCAGCUUCAUCAGUCUCGCCUGGACUACAAUUGGUUAAGAACUCAAGCUGUGUUUAACUCAAAAGAACUGAUUGCUGAUAACAAGCUUACUAAUCCCCGAGAACUCAACCUGGAUAUGAAUGGGAGUGACUCUGGACCAAGUUUGUUGAAGUCAGCGUGUGAUGGUUGGCUGCUUGGAACAUCGUCAUCCAUCAAAAAGCAUCCAGAGUCCAGUAACAGUGGAGAGACUAGAAGAGAAAAGAAAACAGUUGGGUUUCAGUCACCUAUGGAAGAUGAUGCCCUGUGGACAUGUCAAAAGACAGAUACAUAUCGACCCCAAAGAGGGACAAUGACAGGAGUUAGAAAAGAUGCGUCCACAUCUCCUAUAACAGCCGAAAGCCAAAAGGACCUUUUAUGCUCAACCACAUCGUCAUUCCAACAUGAAUCUUCCCGGUAUGAGACAUCUCUGUUGGAUUUAGUUCAAUCUUUGAGCCCAAAGUCUGCUGCUAAACCUCAGCCCCAUCCCUGCAGAGAAGCCGGGGCCUGGAAUCAUAGCACUUGCCGACUCAGUUCUCUAAAAUCAACCCGGAAGAAGAUGGGGGCAGGCAGGACCCCCGAUGACCUACAGGAGAAUCAAAUUCUGGAAGACAUCUUUUUCAUUUGACACCGAAGCAGUUGAUACAAAAUUUCCAUAAGCACUUUGUAGGCUUCCUAAUAUACCGAUCUAGGAUUUUAAAUUUUUAAUUGCAAGUAAUUGUGUCUCUCCUUUCACAGUGCCCUUUGUCACUAGCAUUCUGUUAUGUAUUGAUUAUAGAAAUCAUCCUAACAACCCCAGGGUGUUUUGAUCAGACCCAUCAGUAGCUAACACAUUAAGGGGGGUGGGAUGGCGGGCAGUAUCUUUUCUAUGCCAAGCAGAGAUGAGAAAAUUCAGCAUGGUGGAGGCCAUUGCAUAUGCAGCCUUGCUUCAAGAGUCUUUCCUUCUCAAUAUUUGCUGGAAAAGGUUGGCUCACUUUUGUACACAAGGAAAACCUAUCUACUGAAAUAUUCCUCCGAUUUAAAAGUAGCCCCUUGUAACAUAAGCAAUUUCAGGCGGACAGACCCUUUUACCUCUUACCCUGUUCUCUCCACACCUACAUCUAAGUGUAGUCAUUUAAUUCUGAAGCUGGAGUUGGUGCACCUGUUAUCACAAGCAACACUGAAGGCCAAGUGUGAAUCAGGCUCAUUGGUCAUCAGCCUGGCAGCUGUGCAUCCCAUGACCAAAAGGGCUCAGUGGGCUAGAGGGAGGGACCCACAAGACCCACCCAACCCCUGGAAACCGGCAUGAACUCACACAAGAGUGGCCGCACCAGUGGAGGCAGAAGCCUGAAACACUUUUCCUACCAUGCACCAAUUUCCCUGGAUGGAUAAGAGUAAUCUCUCGGUAUUUUGUUGAUCCAAGUGUCCCAUGGUUGUGUCUGGAGAAGAUACCACUGGAGGGACAGUAGCCUCAGUUCCUGCAGGCUGAUAGGCUUUCUCCGGCCCUCCCUCUCUUUCAUGAGGAUCCAAAACCCUGGCUGCCCAGGGCUAAUGUCCCAUGCCUCCAAAGAGCCACCUCUACUCACCCGGUUAUGCUCCACCACCCCAAGCAGAGCCUCCCCAUUUCCCACUGGACCUCCCUUGACCCAGGGAAAGCCUGUCCAGCAGAGCUCUGAGCUCCAUCCUUCAACUUACUAUGGCUCAGCGGCCUCUCAGGCUGCUGGCUGGGUGAUGACUGCACAGAGCCAGUGAGUUUAACCCUUUCCAGGCACUGGAACAAGGUGAAGAUGUGUCCCCCGGUGUGUAUUACUGCAUAACUGUUUGACCUGGACAGUGUUGCUUUUCUCUCCCUCUCACCAACCCCAGGCUUGAACUAGGAGCAAGACUCCAUCAUUUGGAAUUGGUAGGCAGGUCAGACCCCCCGGGGCAGCUGCACUUAGUGAGCCUGCAUGGCUUCCCUGAAUUCUCCAUCAAAAUAGAUGAUUUCAGCCUACAAAGCCUUGAGCAGCCUCCCUGCCUGGACAGAUCUAAAUCGCACUGUCUCUCAGGCUGAGCCCGUCACCUCCCACACCUUCCUUUACUCGGGUCUCUUGUGCUUCGGAGCCUCCCAACACCAUAUUCUUGAUCCACAGUAAAUACAAGGUCAGGACUGAGUUGGAGCCAUUCACUUGAAAAGUUUAAAAAUCCUUGCCGACUACAAUGUCCUUUUCAAGUUCACCCCCGUGAGAGUCGCCGAGUCAAUGUCAUCCUAUUUCAGAAAGCGUGUGGAAAAUGAGUGGCCAUUUUCUUAGUUAUGUUUGCAGACCAUAUAUUCUCGCUCCAUGUGUUAUGACCACCUAAGUGCACCCAACUCCCAGGGGUCAUCCAGACCACACUCCUCCCUUCCGGCCACCAGUGGCCUCCACCCUCCAGGGUCAGUGGA